GGUCCAUUCUUUCACUGCUGGACGCUAGCCAUUGAGCGGCGACCAAAAAGUCCUCGCCAACACUCGAGCCUUCACCCCACACGGCUUGCGACCCAAUUUCUUCUUUUUCUACCCUUCUGCCCACACCCUCCCUCCAUCCUUCUGUUUACCACUCAGCUCCCAUCCAGUCUGUCCUUGCUCUUCGUCAGGCUCGUAGAAACAACGUGUCGGAGCUCAGUCCAUAGAGCAGCAUCUUCGCUGCUAGUUUGUCCAAGCAAUCCCUCCUUGGUCGUCGUCCGCCUCCCGUUCACCCUAGACGACGUCUUGCUGCCCAGAUCUCAGCGCCACCUAUCUUCCAUUCGAACGACCGAAAAGCUGUCGCCCGUCGACCAUAGGAUGGGCCCGGUAGUGGAGGAAGCAUACAAUCAAGAGAUCGAUACAUCCGAGGUGCAGGAAGAGUACACUCCAUAUCAGCCCAACAAGGGCUAUGGAUGGGGUGAGGCUUUGCCCGAAAAGCAGGGCCUGUACGACCCUAGCCUUGAGAAAGAUGCAUGCGGUGUAGGCUUUGCAGCCCAUAUUAAGGGCAAAGCAAGCCACAAAAUCGUGAGCGAUGCUCGAAACCUGCUCUGUAACAUGACCCAUCGUGGCGCGGUCGGUUCCGAUGCACGCGAUGGCGAUGGUGCUGGUGUCAUGACAUCCAUCCCACACAAAUUCUUCGUCAAGAACUUUGCCCGCGAGGUCGGCGUCGAGUUGCCACCUCUAGGUCAAUAUGCUGCCGGGAACCUUUUCUUCAAGCCAGACACUGAGAUGCUGAAACAUGCCACCCUCAGCUUCGAAGAGACUGCGGAGUCACUGGGUCUGCGCACGCUUGGCUGGCGCGAGGUCCCAAGAGACUCUACUCUGCUUGGUCCUGCGGCGUUGUCACGCGAGCCGAUUAUUCUGCAACCGUUCGUUGUUCUUGCUUCCGCAUAUGGGACUGGUAAUAAGCCCGAGACAACCGACCCGGAAAAGUUUGAUUUCAUCAGUUUCGAACGGAAGCUCUACAUCCUCAGAAAGACCGUCUCUCACGAUCCCCGAUGGAAACCGUGGUUCUAUGUCUGCUCCCUUAGCAAUCGAAACAUUGUCUAUAAGGGACAGCUCGCACCGGUGCAGGUGUAUCAAUACUAUCACGACCUGGUGUCCGUCGAUUAUGAAGGCCAUUUUGCUCUUGUUCACUCCCGAUUCUCCACCAACACAUUUCCCUCAUGGGACCGAUCGCAGCCGCUACGAUGGCUUGCUCAUAACGGUGAGAUCAACACGCUUCGGGGCAACAAGAACUGGAUGAGAGCGCGAGAGGGAGUGCUCAGUUCCGAACUUUUUGGCGAAGACUUGGAGAAACUCUUUCCCAUUGUUGAGGACGGCGGUUCUGAUUCGGCAGCCUUCGAUAAUGUCAUGGAGUUACUCGUGAUGAACCGCGUAUUGUCGAUGCCAGAAGCCGUCAUGAUGAUGGUUCCAGAGGCGUGGCAAGGCAAUACCGCCAUGGACCCGGCAAAGGCCGCCUUCUAUGAAUAUGCUGCUUGUUUGAUGGAACCUUGGGACGGUCCAGCUCUGUUCACAUUUUCGGAUGGUCGCUACUGCGGAGCAAAUUUGGAUCGAAAUGGUCUCAGGCCCUGCAGAUAUUAUGUGACUGAUGAUGACAGAAUCGUCUGUGCCUCAGAGGUUGGUACUAUUGCCAUUGAACCCGAGAGGGUUGUCAUCAAGGGCCGUCUGCAGCCGGGCAAAAUGCUGCUUGUUGAUACCGAGGCUGGUCGCAUCAUCGAUGAUGCUGAGUUGAAAGCUACAGUGGCCAACAGGCAACCUUUCCAACAGUGGCUUGACAAGAACCUCAUGAAGAUGCCUAGCAUCUAUGAGUCCCUUGCCAAGGAACUCGAUUUGGGCUUCAAGCUUUCAGCCGAGAGUGUGCAGGAAGACCCUCGACUUCGCGCCUUCGGUUAUUCAUACGAACAGGUCAGUUUGCUCCUGGGCCCUAUGGCCGCCGACUCGAAGGAAGCGCUCGGUUCCAUGGGCAAUGAUGCGCCAUUGGCAGUUCUUGCUCAGCAGCCACGACUGCUCUAUGAGUACUUCAGGCAACUGUUUGCACAGGUGACGAACCCUCCCAUCGAUCCAAUCCGGGAAGCCAUCGUCAUGUCUUUGGAAUGCUAUGUCGGCCCCCAGGGUAACCUUCUUGAGAUGGAUGAAAGCCAGUGUGGACGACUUUUGCUUCCUUCUCCCAUCCUUGAGAUCGAGACUUUCAAUGCCCUUAAGAACAUGAGCCAAUACAACAAGGGUUGGACCGUUCGGACCAUCGAUAUCACUUUCGAGAAGUCUGACGGUAUCGAUGGGUACAUGCAGGCCCUUGAUGACAUCUGUGAUGCGGCGACGACUGCCAUUGAGGAAGGUGACAAGAUUAUCAUUCUUUCUGAUCGAGCCACUUCUGAGAACAGGGUCCCUGUAUCUGCUCUGCUCGCUACUGGCUUGGUCCAUCACCAUCUUGUUCGGAACAAAUGGAGAUCCAGGGUUGCCCUCAUUGUCGAGACCGCCGAGGCUAGAGAAGUGCACCAUAUGUGUGUUCUUGUCGGCUACGGUGCGGAUGGUAUUAACCCGUAUCUGGCCAUGGAAUGUAUUCUGAAGAUGAAUCGGCAAGGCCUCAUCAGAAAGAAGCUUAGCGAUGAGCAACUCAUUGCCAAUUACAAAGCAUCCUGCGACGGAGGCAUUCUGAAGGUCAUGAGCAAAAUGGGUAUCUCCACCUUGCAGUCCUACAAGGGGGCUCAGAUUUUCGAGGCCCUUGGAAUCGAUGACUCUGUCGUUGACCGAUGUUUCGCUGGCACAGCCACUCGUGUCCGUGGUAUGACUUUCGAGCUCAUUGCUGAGGACGCUUUCGCGUUUCACGAGAGAGGGUUCCCUACCCGACACGUUCGCGACAUCCCUGGACUGCCCGAGACCGGCGAAUAUCAUUGGCGUGAUGGUGGUGAAGCCCACAUCAACGACCCUGUUAGUAUUGCCAACAUCCAAGACGCCGUGCGGACAAAGAACGACAAGUCGUACGAAGCCUACUCUAUCUCGGAGUAUGAGCAGAUCAAGAACUGCACCUUGAGAGGCAUGCUUGAUUUCGACUUUGAGCAACGUCAGCCUGUACCCAUUGACCAAGUGGAACCAUGGACAGAGAUUGUCCGACGGUUCGUUACCGGUGCUAUGUCGUACGGUUCGAUUUCAAUGGAAUCACACUCUACUCUAGCCGUGGCCAUGAACCGUCUCGGCGGCAAAUCGAACACUGGCGAAGGUGGCGAAGACCCCGAGCGGAGCGUGAAGAUGGAAAAUGGUGAUUCGAUGCGUUCUGCUAUCAAGCAAAUUGCCUCUGGCCGUUUUGGCGUCACGGCCAAUUAUCUUGCUGAUGCCGAUGAACUCCAGAUCAAAAUGGCCCAGGGUGCGAAGCCUGGCGAAGGCGGUGAACUCCCUGGUCAUAAGGUUUCCGAGCCAAUCGCCCGUACUCGACACUCUACCCCUGGUGUCGGUCUGAUCUCACCCCCACCACACCACGAUAUCUACUCCAUCGAAGAUUUGAAGCAACUAAUCUAUGACCUUAAAUGCUCGAACCCCCGCGCCCGCGUUUCAGUGAAGCUUGUGUCUGAAGUGGGCGUGGGUAUCGUGGCGGCCGGUGUUGCGAAGGCCAAAGCCGACCACAUUCUCAUUUCCGGUCAUGACGGUGGCACUGGAGCUUCCAGAUGGACCGGUAUCAAGUAUGCAGGUCUCCCUUGGGAGCUCGGUCUCGCUGAGACACAUCAAACUCUCGUCCUUAACGACCUCCGUGGGCGUGUCAUUGUGCAGACGGACGGACAGCUCCGCACUGGUCGUGACGUGGCCAUUGCCUGUCUGCUUGGUGCCGAAGAAUGGGGAUUCGCCACGACCCCCCUUAUCGCCAUGGGUUGUAUCAUGAUGAGGAAGUGUCACCUGAACACAUGCCCCGUUGGCAUUGCUACCCAAGACCCUGUUCUGAGACAGAAGUUCCAGGGCACUCCCGAGCACGUUAUCAACUUCUUCUACUACAUCGCCAAUGAGCUCCGCGCAAUCAUGGCUCGCCUUGGAAUACGAACAGUCAACGAGAUGGUCGGUCGUGCUGAGCUCCUCAAAGUGCGCGAAGACCUUCGGACUCCGAAGACGGCAAAUGUCGAUCUGUCUCUCAUCUUGACUCCUGCUCACUCCAUCCGCCCCGGCGUGGCGACAUACAAUGUCCGCAAACAGGACCACAAGUUGCAUACACGCCUGGACAACAAGCUCAUCUCCGAAUCAGAACUGGCAUUGGAGAAGGGUCUGCCGUGUCGAAUUGAGACCGACAUUGUCAACACCGACAGGACCCUGGGCGCGACUUUGUCGUACCAGAUCAGCAAGCGCUAUGGCGAGGCUGGCUUGCCUCAAGAUACUAUUCAUGCCAAUAUCAGAGGCUCUGCUGGUCAGUCAUUUGGUGCAUAUCUUGCUCCGGGUGUGACUCUGGAACUUGAAGGCGACGCCAAUGACUAUGUCGGCAAAGGCCUUUCAGGUGGUCGUCUUAUCAUUUAUCCUCCGCGGGGUGCAGUCUUCAAGGCAGAGGAAAACAUUCUUCUCGGCAAUGUCUGUCUUUAUGGCGCCACCAGCGGCACCUGCUACUUCCGUGGUGUGGCGGCAGAGCGAUUUGCCGUUCGAAACUCUGGCGCUAAUGCAGUAGUUGAAGGAGUUGGCGACCAUGGUUGCGAGUACAUGACUGGUGGUCGUAUUGUUAUUCUCGGCUCGACAGGCCGUAACUUUGCUGCCGGUAUGUCUGGUGGUAUCGCCUAUGUCCUAGACAUGAACCAGGACUUCCAUUCCAAGAUUAACAGGGAGAUGGUGGAAGUGUCUGGAGUCGAAGAACCGUCCGAGAUUGCUUUCCUCCGUGGCAUGAUCGAGGAUCAUCACCAUUACACUGGUUCUGAACUUGCAGCUCGGAUCCUUCUUGAGUUCAACCGUGCCCUGCCUCGCUUCGUCAAGGUUUUGCCGACGGAUUACAAGAGAGUACUGGCUGAACAGAAGAAAAAGGCGGAAGAAGCCAAGAAGGCCGAAUACCCCCUGCCCCUGCUCCCUGGAAAUCCCGUCCGCAACCUUCACCAGGAACAGCGGGAGAUCUCUCAUGACAAAGAGGCCAAACAAAAGAAGGCCGAUAUGCUGGACAUUGAGGAAGGCAUUAACGGAGAUGCAGACAAGGCGAAGCAGAAGGCUGCUCUUGUCCUUGACAAGACUCGAGGGUUCAUGAAAUACUCUCGUCGAAGCGAGAAGUACCGGAGCGCCAAAACCCGAACCAAGGACUGGGCUGAGCUGUCCUCUCGUCUGAAUGAAGACGAGUUGAAGUACCAGUCGGCACGAUGCAUGGAUUGCGGCGUUCCGUUCUGUCAAUCCGACACCGGUUGUCCAAUCUCCAACAUUAUUCCCAAAUGGAAUGAGUUGGUCUUUUCUUCUGAGUGGAAAGACGCUCUCAACCGUCUCUUGAUGACAAACAAUUUCCCGGAAUUCACGGGUCGUGUUUGCCCUGCCCCUUGCGAAGGUGCUUGUGUUCUUGGCAUUAAUGAAGAUCCUGUCGGCAUCAAGAGUAUUGAGUGUGCAAUCAUCGAUAAAGGCUUCGAGAUGGGCUGGAUGGUUCCUCAGCCCCCUCCAGAGCGAACUGGCAAGACUGUCGCCAUCAUUGGUUCAGGACCGGCUGGUCUCGCCGCUGCAGAUCAACUCAACCGUGUUGGACACACAGUCACCGUGUACGAGAAAUCGGAUCGUGCCGGAGGCCUGCUCAUGUAUGGCAUUCCAAACAUGAAGUUGGACAAGCGCAUUGUACAGCGCCGUGUCGACCUCAUGGCUGCCGAAGGGGUCAAGUUCGAGACCGGUGUCAUGGUCGGACCAGGGGAGAAAGUCAGCCUCCAAUCCCUCCGUGAAAGCCAUGAUGCCGUUGUCAUUUCCACCGGUGCUCAGGUUCCCCGUGACUUGAAGAUCAAAAACAGAGAGGCCGAGGGCAUCCACUUCGCAAUGGAGUUUUUGCACGCGAACACCAAAUCUCUGCUUGACUCUGAGCUUGCUGACGGUCAAUACAUCUCAGCCAAAGACAAGCAUGUUAUCGUCAUCGGAGGCGGUGACACCGGAAAUGAUUGCAUUGGUACCUCGCUUCGACAUGGUGCCAAGUCCAUCACCAACUUUGAGCUUCUUCCACAGCCGCCUCCAGAGCGCGCCCGUGACAACCCAUGGCCACAAUGGCCGCGAAUCUACCGCGUUGACUAUGGUCACACUGAAGUGAAGCAGCACUAUGGCAAAGACCCUCGCGAGUACUGCGUUAUGACCAAAGACUUUGUGGUUGAAGACGGCAGGGUGGUUGGCAUCAACACGACCCGUGUGGAGUGGACCAAAGGAGCAACUGGUGCUUGGGAAAUGAAGCCCAAAGAGGGUAGUGAGGAAUACUUCCCCGCGGACCUGGUACUGCUCUCCAUGGGUUUCUUGGGACCGGACGAUCGACUGUUCGAGUCCGAAGUUGAACUCGACCCGCGCAAGAACAUCAAGACCCCCAAGAACCAGUAUAACACUAAUCUGCCAGGGGUCUUCGCUGCUGGAGACUGCCGCCGUGGCCAGUCUCUCAUUGUCUGGGGCAUCAACGAAGGCCGCCAGUGCGCUCGACAAGUGGAUUCCUUCCUGAUGGGCGAAAGUUCAGUGCUUCCUGUCACCGGAGGUAUUGUCCGCCGGGUUCAACACGAUGCAGUCCCCAAGUCAAAGGAGUCCAAGGCUCACAAGCAAGGUGACAUGGCUCACGCCGCGGAAGAAUACAAACGCGCUACCGACCUCCAAGCCGCUGCAUAAUGGUGCUGCGUCUUCUGCCAAGCCUGCGACAAUUCGAAUGUUCAGGACGGAUGCCAUUCAAAAAGUACACGAUUGUUUCAUUCACCUGGGUCAGUUGUAUUGCUGGGCAAUAUCAUGAACGCAGAUCUUUUUAUGGUCAACAUCACGGACAGGUGUCGGAUGUACGAUUGAGCAGGGAUUGGAACCAGAAUUUCAUGUGACGCUGGGUCAUGAUCUUGAUUUUUACGGUCGUUUACGACCAGAGCAGGGAGUUCUCCAUCAUCGGCAUUCACGAGGUUGCAGUCGUCGCGUUAUGCCGUUUGUCAUGGACAAUUGGGAGGCUAUUGAGAUUCGAGUUGUGAUUUGGAUUGUGAUGUUUCUUUCUGUCUUUUUGCUGGAGACCCGAGGAUUGGAAUCAGUCUGCCAAAUGCGGAAUGUAUCAACAUGACCAGCGGGACCGAGAUAUCUAGAUAGCAUGAAUUUGAAUUGGUAUAAAAGAGA